AUGAGGGUUCUUGUUUUUUCACUCUUUAUUUUUCUCUUCUCCUUAUUUCUCUCCCCAUCUUGCACUUCACUUCACUUCCUAUCCCAAAACCAAUCUCUCAAAGAUGGCCAAACGUUAGUUUCCGAAAACAGAAACUUUGAAUUAGGGUUCUUCAGCCCAGGUACCACGAAAAACCGCUAUGUUGGGAUAUGGUACACGAAUAUUCAGGUCCAAACGGUCGUAUGGGUGGCUAAUAGAGAAAACCCACUUACGGAUUCUUCUGGCAUCCUAUCGGUUGGGGGUGAUGGAAAUCUCGUGAUCCUUGAUGGAAGUGGAAACACUCUAUGGUCAUCAACCAUUUCCACCACCUUAAAGAACUCCACUGCAAUGCUCUUAGAUUCUAACCUCAUUUUGGCCGAAGGAGCUUCAGCCAAUGGUCGAGAAAGAACCUUAUGGCAAAGCUUUGAUCAUCCUACAGACACACUAAUGCCAAAGAUGAUGAUUGGUGUUUAUCUAGAGACGGGCAAGAAACGGUCCUUAACGUCGUGGAAGAGCGAAGACGAUCCGGCGCCAGGGAAGUUUUCUUUAGGCCUUGAACGGCAGAAAGUGCCACAAGCUUUUCUCUACAAUGAGUCCCGUCGAAUUUGGAGAAGUGGACAAUGGAACGGGCAGUUAUUCGUGGGGAUACCCAAAAUGCAUUCUGUCUACCUCAACGGAUUCAUCCUUGAAACUGAUAGGGAUGAACGAAUAAUGUACUUAACACACGAUUUCUCAUCUAUCAUUGUAAGGGUUCUGGUAGAUUGGUCUGGAAUGGUGAAGGGACUGAUGUUAAGGGAAGAUAGUAAGGACUGGUCUCUUAGCUGGUGGCAAUCCAUCAGUCAGUGCGAUGUUUAUGGAAUGUGUGGGUCUUUCGGAAGCUGCAACCCCUCAAAAUCGCCGAUUUGUGCAUGUUUGAUAGGGUUCCAACCCGAGUCGGCUGAAGAGUGGGGGAAGGGGAACUGGUCAGUUGGGUGUGUGAGGAGAACUCAGUUACAAUGUGAGAAACCUGGAAAUUAUAGUAGUAUGAUGGAUGGGGAAGGUGAUGGGUUUUUAAAGAUGGAAAGGGUGAAAUUGCCAGAUUUUGCCGAUUGGUUGAGCCUUCGUGAUGCGAAAGGAUGUGAAGCUGAGUGUUUGAAGAACUGCUCCUGUGUUGCCUACGCAUAUGUUAGCGGGAUUGGAUGUAUGAUAUGGGUCGAUGGUUUGAUCGAUAUACAGGAAUUCUCUUCCGGAGGAGAGGUGCUUUACAUUCGUCUUGCCAACUCUGAACUUGGUGAGUCUGUUUUCCUGCUUCUUGGAAUUUUCAUCAAGUAAAAUCGAAUUAAAAAAAUUAAAAAAAACUCAUCAUCAGAACAUUUUGGAGUGAAAUGCUAUCAGCUGAAGUAUAUCAUGAGUAUUUAGGCUAUGUUUGAUAGAUAAGAAUCCAUGUUUUACAAAGAUUUCCAGCAAUUUUCCAGAAUUGAACGACUCAAUCUACUUUUGGUAUUUUAUUGAACAAAAAUAGUAGGAAGAAAGGACUUGUGACCUAUGGGUUAACUAAAGUCAUGG